AUGCCGAAUCGGAAUGGAAUUCCAGGGGUCGUCUGCCAAACUUCCCCACAUUUGCUUUGGACCUUUCUCCGACUUCACAUCCUUCACGAGAUGGCCAGUCCAACCAACUACUCUUUGGACGACGCCCGCAGAUCGCUGGCUGAAGAUGAAUCAGCCUUGGGAAACUUGAUCGUCGAAAUUGACCAGGCUGAGGCGACCCUCGAGCGACUUGUCAUGCAGUCUAAACAGGCGAUAGAGAAAAUGGUGCAGGAGCGCAGGCAACUUGAAGAGAAGAUGUUCCAAACCAAAGCUUACCUCUCACCCAUACGCCGCCUUCCAAUUGAACUGCUUAGAACCAUUUUCCUCUUUAAUUUCGAAGAUUAUCCUUGCUGUGCUUGGGUUCUCGCUUCUGUCAGCACGCCAUGGCGGAAGCUAGCCCUUUCGAUGCCGAAACUGUGGUCAAAGAUCCGCUUGAUCACGACCCAGCAGUCCUCUGCUGACACUAUUCGGCUGUGGCUUGAACGCUCUGGCCCGACGUGCCCUCUCGACAUAGAGAUAUUCCUCCGAGUCACCAAGUCAGCACCCGAUUUGCAACGCUCAGGUCGUGCAUCAUCGCCGGCCACAUGGCCCUGUACACACGCAGCGCAGCAAUAUUUUAUCCCCCCGCCUACGGGUACAUCAUCCACAACAGUGACCAUCCUACCUCCUGCAAACACGCCGAUCAUCAUACCUCCCUCUCCCGCGCAAAGCGACCCUUGGUCGGCGUCCCCGUCCCCCACCACCGAACGGCCGCCCCCAAUCUUCUCUCGAUCCAGCAUGCACUGGGCACACAUUGCGAUAUUCUACCUCGUCGAACAGAUGUCGCGGUGGGAGAGAUUCGUCUUCAGAUUCGACAAGCAGUUCCCCUCAGCCGGUGCCUUACGAUCCAUCACCGGAGACGCACCAUUGCUCAGGGUAUUUGAGGUUUCGAGUGCGGAAUCGUCGUAUUACACCGAUUGGCAAUGGCUGCCCUGUGCGAGCUCUGGUACGCCUUUGUCCUUGCCCAGGUUGGAGAAUAUCACGCUGCAGAACACCCCCUUCAAGUGGUCUUCACCGAUGUUCCAGACGAACCUCCGGUCCCUCACCCUCCGUGCUCUACAGAACAACCAUUUAUCCUUGGAUCGUAUCCUAUGCAUAGUAUCUGCCAAUCCGAAUUUAGAAAGCCUGUCUCUCCAUUUCUCUGGCGUUCUUCCGCCAAUUUUGCCUAUGCACACCACCACACUCGCCUCGCUGAAGGAGCUCAGUAUAGGUGGCCAUUACCUUUUCUUCCAACUCGUCGACUCGUUAUUAGUCCCGAACAUUGAAUCCCUCAGCCUGGACAUCGAACCUCGGGAGCCAGUUGAAGAUGCGAUAUCCAAUCUUCUCACUCGGUCCGGUCAACCACCUCUCGCCCACCUCUCAGUCGCGUAUGGCAACAGUAAUUCUUCCACGUUCUAUUAUGGACCAGCUGGUUUCGUUAUCUCGUGGAACGUGCUCUCUGAGCUUAACCAUCUACAAUCACUUCGCAUUGGUAGCACCUCGCUCGAGCCAUUGCUGACCGCCCUCGGACCCCCGGAUGAAGACUCAGGCCAGAGUCAUUGGGCUUGUCCUAACCUGACCUCAUUGGGGAUGAAGAACUGUCACGCCCAUAGUGAGGGAAUCGCGAAGCUAGUCCAGAUGGUCGAUGCGAGAAACCCGAGCUCCGGUGGCGGUGGCAGUGGUACGACUGCGGUCAAUGGUGUCGCCCCCGUGAAAUUGAGAAGCCUGGAGCUGUAUGACUGCGCUACGUUGGGGGAGGAUGUCAUUGGCUGGCUCAAAGGGAGGAUUGACGAGGUCACCUGUACGGAACCCGCCUUUGAGCGGUGA